GCUCCAGGGUGGCCUGGGCCCGAGUGCUCUCAGGGCUCGGAGAGGCCGGCACCCCGGAAGGAGGAUCAUGUGGCUGCCCCCCGCUCUGCUUCUCCUCAGCCUCCCAGGGUGUUUCUCCCUGCAGGGCCCCGGGUCUGUGAGAGGCAGGGAGCGGGGCUCGCUGACCGUGCAGUGUCGCUAUAACCCACUCUGGGAGACCUACGUGAAGUAUUGGUGUCGAGGGGCUCACUGGGACAGCUGCAACAUCCUUGUUAGAACCACUGGCUCGGAGCAGGAGGUGAAGAAGGGCAACGUGUCCAUCAGGGACCAUCAGAAGGACCGUGUGUUCACCGUGACCAUGGAGGCGCUCACGCGGGGCGAUGCGGGCACUUACUGGUGUGGGAUUGAGAAAACCGGACUUGACCCUUGGGCCCAAGUUGAAGUGACCGUUGGCCCAGAGGGGACACUAAUGAACACACAGUUCGAGAUAAUUGGCAACAACCACACAGAGGUCCCCGGCUCCUACAGCAGGACCCACUACAUGCUCCUGGCGUUCGUGAAGGUGCCGAUCCUGCUCCUUGUGGUGGGAGCCGUGCUCUGGCUGAAGCCGCCUCGGCAGGCCCUGAGCAGCGGUGCGGGGAGCCCGUCGCUGCCACCUUGUCCUCUGGACGUCUGACCCAGACCCGGCUCCGCAGAGAGACAGAUGCAAAGAAACUCCCAACCCUGGACCCGGUUCCAGCGGAGACAGGGCUCUGGAGCCUGGGAGGAGGCAGCGUCUGAGGCCAGGCCCUGGGGCUGCCCAGCACCCUCCCUGCCCUGUGAGCUCAGGGACACAGCCAGGGGCCGUCCAUCAAGUCCCAACAUCUCCUCCUGGAGGCCCACCACCUCGUUCCCCCUGCUGUGGGUAGCAAGCCUUUGGGGCCACACACACCCCCCACCAGGCUUGGGCCCAUGGUCCUGAGCUGUUGGGUGGAGCCCGAGUGUGGACGGCCGUGUCCCCACUGUGCUGGAGGAAUCAGGGCCCAGGGCCAGGACCCCAGCACAGAGACAGCAGCAGGGGGGCGGGGGGCGGUGGGGGAGUGAAGCAGAGGGCUGGCGACAGACACAAGGAAAGACAGAGAGAGACGCAGAAGGCGCAGCCGGCCCAGUCCCUGGUUCCCGCCGUUCCUGGGAGCAGCUCCCAGCACACUCCUCUCCAGCUGCUGGAGAUGUCGCUAAAGCCCGUGCUUCCUAAGCUAGCUGGGUUGGUUUUGAUGGUUCGUGCUCAUGAGGGCCCUGACUGAGGCACACACCCAGGAGGGUGAUUAUGGGGUGAGCUCCCGUACUGGGGUGAGAGGUCAGCCAGUGCUGGGCUUGCUCCUACCUGCCCCCUCUUCCCUGCCCACCCCCCUCUCCACCCCUGCCCACCCCUUCUCCCCACCUCUUCUACACCUCCUCUUUCUCCCCCCCUCCUUCUCGGGCAGCCCCCCAAGCUCCCUGCCCCUACCUCUCAGCAUGGGCUUCCUGGGGGCUGUAAUUUGGGGUCUGGCCUUCACUUCUCCCACUGCUCAGCUCCCCUCCCGCCCCCCGGGGCUGCUGGGCCUCAGAAACUGCCUCAAAGUAGGGAGGGCAUCAUGGAAAGGUCUGAGGGAAAUGACACCUCUUGGAAAUAAUGUGGUUUAAAUAGGUUCGUUAGAACAGUCUCGGGAGCUACGACCCUCUCUGAGCCGAAGUUGUGUGAUCGUCUCCAUCAUGAAAACGUUUGCGCAAGUGACCUGCUCCUGCGGGCGCCUCCCUCGGGCCACCUUGGGCUCAGUCGCCUGGGGACGGGGUCACGCGAGGAGAAGCAGUCCCACUUGAGAUGUGACCCCCACACACCGCCCCCCGGCUUUACUGGGUAUCACUGACAAAUAAAAUUGUGUGUUUUC